AUGCCUACCAACAGAGCUGCCUGGCUCACCGAGCCAAAGUCAUAUCCCUUCCAAAUAAAGAAUGCCCUGUUUCCCACGGCUGGGUCGGGAGAGGUUGUGAUUAGGAAUGUUGUUACUGCUUUGAAUCCCGCUGAGUGGAAAAUCCAAGAUCUCGGGGUGAUCGUCCAGAAAUAUCCAACCAUCUUAGGAGCGGAUGCUGCUGGAUAUAUCGAAGAGGUUGGCGAGGGUGUCACGCAUCUACAAAAGGGCCAGCGAGUGGUAGGGUAUUGCACCGGUCUUGGUCUCCAAAACCAUGAGUUCGGGACCUUUCAGCUCUACAGCAAAGCCACCGCAAACCUCGUCUCCCCGAUCCCCGACGACAUGAGCUUUGAGGCGGGAUCGGUGCUCCCGCUCGCCAUCGCAACUGCUUCCGUCGGUCUUUACAAAAAGAAGUAUCUCGGCCUGCCGUUACCUAGCUUAACACCAGCACCAACGGGCAACACGCUGCUUGUAUGGGGCGGAGCCUCAUCAGUUGGCGGAACGGCGGUGCAGCUUGCGGUUGCAUCGGGGUUGAGGGUCAUCACGACAGCUUCGAAAGCCAACUUUGAGAAGGUAAAAGAACUGGGAGCUGACACCGUUCUUGACUACCAUUCUGCAACUGUCGUCGACGAUGCCAUCAGGGUAUUGUCUGGAACCGACCUUGCGGGGGUCUACGAUGCGAUCUCCUCUCCUCAAUCUCUGCAGCCCAUCGGCGCUAUUCUGGACAAGCUUGGGCCGCACAAAGUGGUGACGGUGCUGCCUGUGGAGGGAGAGUUUGGGAACAAUGCGCUCAUAUCGUUUGAAACGGCCUUUCAAAUCACAGAGAACCCUGAAGAAGUCGGUGAUCCGGUCUGGAGAGAAUUUGUACCCGGAGCGCUCAAGAACGGUCAACUGAAGGCGAAACCAGAUCCCGAAGUGGUGGGAAAGGGGCUGGAGUCGAUUCAGGCUGGGCUCGAGCGGCUCAAGAAAGGGGUCUCGGCGACGAAGCUGGUGAUUCAGUACUGA